AUGGCCUGUAACGCCGCCUCCCACGUAGGCCGCGGCGGGCAAAGUGAUGAACCAGUCAGGGUAGAAGUGUUUGAGAUAAGAAACGAAGAUAAGGUGAAAUAUAUGAGGGAAGCAACACCCUAUGUGAAGAAAGGCUCCCCUGUUUCAGAAAUCGGAUGGGAGACGCCUCCCCCAGAGUCUCCUCGCUUGGGCUGUGCAUCUUCUGACCCGCUGUCACAGCUUUCACUCUCCAUCCACAGAGACAGAAAAACCAUCCCGCUCAAGAUGUGCUAUGUGACGCGCAACAUGACGCUGUCAGACCCCGAGAACAGACUUAUUGAAGUUCAUUCACCUGACGCCAAGCACACCGUGAUUCUAAGGAGUAAGGAUUCGGCUACAGCCCAGGCCUGGUUCAAUGCCAUCCACUCCAGUGUCAAUGAUCUCAUCCCCAGGGUGAUUGCAGAGGUCAGAGACCAGCUGGGUAAGACAGGAGUUGCUGGAAGUCGAGAGAUUAGGCACCUAGGCUGGCUUGCAGAAAAGGUGCCAGGAGAGAACGAGAAGCACUGGAAGCCUGUGCUGGUUGUCUUGACUGAGAAAGACCUUUUAAUAUAUGAGAGCAUGCCACGAAUGAAGGAAGCUUGGUUCAGCCCUCUGCACACCUACCCUCUGCUUGCAACCAGGUUGGUCCAUUCCGGCCCAGGAAAGGGCUCGCCGCAGUCGGGAGUGGAUUUGUCUUUCGCAACCCGGACGGGUACAAGGCAGGGGAUCGAGACACACCUCUUCCGGACGGAGACGAGCAGAGACCUCUCACUGUGGACGAGGAGCGUGGUACAGGGCUGCCACAAUUCUGCAGAGCUCAUCACGGAAAUCACAACAUCUUGCACAUAUAAAAGCCAGGAGUGCCGUUUGACCAUCCAUUAUGAACAUGGAUUCUCUCUUACAACUGAACCACAAGAUGGUGCCUUCUCUAAGACAAUUGCACAAUAUCCCUACGAAAAACUAAAAAUGUCCUCAGAUGAUGGGAUCAGGAUGCUUUAUUUAGACUUCGGAGGAAAGGAUGGAGAAAUUCAACUGGACCUUCAUUCCUGCCCAAAGCCAAUUGUGUUCAUCAUUCAUUCCUUCCUGUCAGCGAAGAUCACAAGGCUUGGUUUGGUGGCAUAAGAGGGACAGGUCUGUUUC